AUGUAUCACCAUGUAUUACCAUGUAUAGCCAUGUAUAGCCAUGUAUUGCCAUGUAUAGCCAUGUAUUGCCAUGUAUACCCAUGUAUAGCCAUGUAUACCCAUGUAUAGCCAUGUAUUGCCAUGUAUACCCAUGUAUAGCCAUGUAUUGCCAUGUAUACCCAGUUAUAGCCAUGUGUACCCAUGUAUAGCCAUGUAUUGCCAUGUAUUACCAUGUAUAGCAAUGUAUAGCCAUGUAUAGCCAUGUAUAGCCAUGUAUUACCAUGUAUGGCCAUGUAUACCCAUGUAUAGCCAUGUAUACCUAUGUAUAGCCAUGUAUACCCAUGUAUAGCCAUGUAUUGCCAUGUAUAGCCAUGUAUUGCCAUGUAUACCCAUGUAUAGCCAUGUAUAGCCAUGUAUUACCAUGUACAGCCAUGUAUUACCAUGUAUAGCCAUUUAUAGCCAUGUAUUACCAUGUAUCACCAUGUAUUGCCAUGUAUUACCAUGUAUUGUUAUGUAUCACCAUGUAUUACCAUGUAUAGCCAUGUAUUACCAUGUAUACCCAUGUAUUGCCAGGUAUGUCUGCUACCCUUUCCGAACCUUGCUGAGGAAAAAAGACACCCAAAGAACCAUAGCAUGUAUUACCAUGUGUAGCCAUGAAUACCCAUGUAAUGCGAUGUAUUGCCAUGUAUUACCAUGUAUAGCCAUGUAUAGCCAUUUAUUGCCAUGUAUUACCAUGUAUCGCCAUGUAUUA